AUGGACCUCAUCGUUCCAUACAGGCCAAACCCUCUUAUUGUUUCAUCAUCACCACUCACCCCAACUGCUCAGAAUCCUUAUUUUUUCACAUUAACAGCUCCACACAGGAGCAGAAGGCUCAAGUUUCAAGCUUCAGCCAACGUAGACCCAGAUGCCGCUGAUGGGUCUUCUUGGUCCGGAUCGUUGCGGCGCGGUUCGAGGCGGUUUUGGGUGAGAUUUGGGGAGAUGGUGAAGAAGGAGACGGGUCUUGACUUGGAAGAUGGUAGUGUGAAGGUGGGUGCGUUUGUGGGUGGGGUCAGGGAUGGUGUGAAGACUAGUAGAGAUGAAUUGGGAAGGUUUGGGACUCAUUGGGUAUCCCAGUUUGUGGAUUGGAACAGUUGGGAACGUUGGAAGAAUCUCAAGAACUGGGAACCUAAGAGAAUUGGUGCAUUAGUUCUUUAUAUCUUUGUUUUGGCAUUUGCUUGUAGAGGAGUGUAUGUAGCAAUUCAAGCACCUUACAUAAAUCGCCAGAGAAAAGAAUUGACAGAAGCUUACAUGGAGGCGUUAAUUCCUGAGCCUUCCCCCAGUAACAUUAGAAGGUUUAAGAAGGGUAUGUGGAAGAAGACAACACCGAAAGGAUUGAAAAUGAAAAAGCUUAUUGAAAGACCUGAUGGAACACUUGUUCAUGAUACUUCUUAUGUUGGAGAGGAUGCAUGGGAGGAUGAUCGAGAAGCUCCCGAGGAACAUGUAAAACAAAUUAUAGAGGAUGAUGAUAGGUUUAAAAAAGAAGAGAAGAAAGAACUAAUAGAAAGCUUGGGCAUUUCAGGUGAAGUUCAAACUGAGAGCACAUGGCGUGAGAGACUUCAUAAAUGGAGGGAGAUCCUUAGAAAAGAACGUCUUGUUGAGGAAUUGGAUUCCUUAAAUGCCAAAUAUGUAGUUGAGUUUGACAUGAAAGAGGUUGAAAAUAGCCUUCGCAAGGAUGUGGCAGAAAAGGUGACAGCCACACGGGGAACAAGGGCUCUCUGGAUUGCUAAGAGAUGGUGGCGCUAUCGUCCUAAACUUCCUUACAAUUAUUUUCUUGACAAACUUGAUAGUUCUGAGGUAGCAGCUGUUGUCUUUACUGAAGACUUGAAAAGAUUGUAUGUGACAAUGAAAGAAGGUUUUCCAAUGGAAUUUGUUGUUGAUAUCCCUCUUGAUCCUUAUCUGUUUGAGAUGAUUACAAGUUCUGGAGCUGAAGUAGAUCUCCUUCAGAAGCAACAGAUCCAUUAUUUUAUGAAGGUAGUGAUUGCAUUAGUACCAGGCAUUCUAAUUCUCUGGCUUAUAAGGGAGUCUGUGAUGCUUCUACAUGUCACCUCCAAGCGUUUUCUUUUCAAAAGAUAUAAUCAACUCUUUGAUAUGGCUUAUGCAGAAAAUUUCAUCAUGCCAGUUGGAGAUGUUGGUGAAACAAAAUCUAUGUACAAAGAAGUUGUGUUAGGGGGCGACGUUUGGGAUCUUCUUGAUGAAUUGAUGAUCUAUAUGGGAAAUCCUAUGCAGUUCUAUGAAAGGGACGUACAGUUUGCUCGGGGUGUUCUACUCUCUGGGCCUCCGGGAACAGGAAAAACACUUUUUGCUAGGACACUUGCAAAAGAAAGUGGACUGCCUUUUGUUUUUGCUUCGGGUGCUGAGUUCACAGAUAGUGAAAAAAGUGGAGCAGCUAGGAUCAAUGAGAUGUUUUCCAUUGCUAGGAGAAAUGCACCUUGUUUUGUAUUUGUAGAUGAAAUAGAUGCUAUUGCUGGAAGACACGCUCGAAAGGAUCCACGGAGAAGGGCAACUUUUGAGGCUCUUAUUGCACAGCUUGAUGGGGAGAAGGAAAAAACUGGUGUUGACCGUCUAUCACUAAGACAAGCUGUCAUAUUCAUUUGUGCCACAAAUAGGCCAGAUGAAUUAGAUCUUGAAUUUGUUCGUCCUGGACGUAUUGAUCGUCGUCUUUACAUUGGUUUGCCUGAUGCAAAGCAAAGAGUCCAAAUUUUUGGUGUGCAUAGUUCUGGAAAGCAACUUGCAGAGGAUGUGGAUUUCAAAAAGCUUGUCUUCCGCACUGUUGGAUUCUCUGGAGCGGAUAUAAGAAACCUUGUCAAUGAAGCAGCAAUAAUGUCGGUGAGAAAAGGGCAUUUCAAAAUUUUCCAGGAAGACAUUAUUGAUGUACUAGACAAACAACUGCUCGAGGGUAUGGGUGUCCUUCUCACUGAGGAAGAGCAACAGAAGUGUGAAGAGAGCGUAUCUUUUGAAAAGAAGAGACUGCUUGCUGUCCAUGAAGCUGGUCAUGUUUUGCUAGCUCACUUAUUUCCUCGGUUUGACUGGCAUGCAUUUUCACAGCUCCUGCCUGGUGGUAAGGAAACUGCAAUAUCUGUAUUCUACCCUCGAGAAGAUAUGGUAGACCAAGGUUAUACAACAUUUGGUUACAUGAAGAUGCAAAUGGUAGUGGCUCAUGGUGGACGAUGUGCUGAACGUGUUGUAUUCGGUGAUAAUAUAACUGAUGGAGGAAGAGAUGAUCUAGAAAAGAUAACGAAGAUUGCUAGAGAGAUGGUAAUCAGCCCUCAAAAUUCAAGGUUGGGGCUAAUAGCUUUAACAAAAAGGGUUGGGUUAGCUGAUCGACCAGACAAUCCAGAUGGCGAGUUAAUAAGAUAUAGAUGGGACGAUCCUCAAGUAAUUCCUGCUAAUAUGACAGUAGAGGUGUCUGAGCUCUUUACACGGGAGUUGACAAGGUACAUUGAAGAAACCGAAGAACUUGCAAUGAAUGCUUUGAGGGAUAAUAGGCACAUCCUGGACAUGAUUGCAAGGGAACUAUUGGAGAGAUCCAGAAUAACUGGAUUGGAGGUUGAAGAAAAAUUGAAGGGACUGUCUCCAGUAAUGUUUGAGGACUUUGUGAAGCCAUUCCAGAUAAACUUAGAAGAGGAGGGACCAUUUCCGCAUAAUGAUCGUGUACGAUAUCAGUUACCAGACCUAUAUCCUGCUCCUCUCCAUAGAUGUUGACACGUUCAGUUCUUUCUUUAUAUGACAACCUCGCUUCCUACAGUUCUUAUUGGGGACAGAAAAAUGAGUUUGGUGGUGUUAGAUUCUACAUAGAAAUUCAACCACUUACCUACACAUUUAUAGGACAAUAGAUGGAGUCUUUCAAUGACCAAAAAAUACACAAGAUCAUAAGUACAAUGUUGUCCCCAUUGUUUGAUUUGAAACUUGCAGUGGUCCCAAUAACCCAUUUUGCAAUGGAAUUUUGUAUUUUACUGGUCCCUUACGUUUUGUCAUUUUGCCGCAGUAUU